AUGCAACAGCCUGAAGUAAAGGGCUCUGGACAUCUUCCUUCUGCUCAGGCUCUCCCGGAGGACCUCGCGGCUAUUUCAGGCUGCAGGAAAAUGUACCGGGGAUAUCAUGUUAGAGUCCUUUUCACUGUGACUCUGGUCUGGCAGGCUGUUCAUUCAGAAAAAGGUCCUGAAAGAGAAGGAUAUAAAGAAGAUGUGAAAAGUCUCAAUGCCACGGCACAAAAGCAGCAGCCCAAGAGCGAAGGGACCUUUAUAAAUGUUGUCAGUGACAUGAAUCAGAGUUAUGAAAGUAGAAAGCAACCGAGUUCCAGCUCUUUUGUACCUUUCACUGGAAUUACAGAGAGUAAAAAACUGAACAGACGAUGCUGCCAGAAUGGAGGAACUUGUAUCCUGGGGACCUUCUGUGCCUGCCAGAAGCACUUCACUGGCAGAUACUGUGAACAUGAUGAGCGGCAAGGAAACUGCGGCAGCAUUAGCCACGGCGUCUGGGUGCUGAAGGGCUGCUGGCUUUGUCGGUGUGGCUAUGGUACACUGCACUGCCUCUCAGAAGUAAUGCACAAAAGCUGUGACCUUAAAUCGGAAACAGAGGAAAUUAUCAGACUGUAUUCUAAUGGCUCAAGAUCACAGCAAACAGUGUUUUCAGUCAUUUGCCUGCUCAUCAUCCUCCUGGAGUUCUGCUAG